CCACGGUCCGCGUAGUGAUCCAAAGAGCGGAGGACCGCGAAGCAAAGCGCUAUAGCAGUUACGAAUUAAAUAGUUGUCUAAAGCGUCCGGUUCAUAGAAUCCAGUGCAGCUUUCAUGAAGAAGGAUGGAGAUAGAGAAGAGGACAAAUGGGUUCGAAUACUCAGAGAAGAACAGUGCGAAGUCCGUUAAUGGCUUCUAUGCUGACCACUCACUAGAAGGCGAACAGAAUGAUGGGAUGGAUGAUCCAGCUGACCAGCGUACCUGCCUUAUCUGUGGAGACCGCGCCACAGGCCUGCACUAUGGCAUCAUCUCCUGCGAGGGCUGCAAGGGCUUCUUCAAGCGCAGCAUCUGCAACAAGCGCGUCUACCGCUGCAGCCGCGACAAGAACUGCGAGAUGUCGCGCAAGCAGCGCAACCGCUGCCAGUACUGCCGCCUGCUCAAGUGUCUGCAGAUGGGCAUGAACCGCAAAGCAAUCAGGGAAGAUGGGAUGCCAGGUGGAAGAAAUAAAAGCAUCGGGCCUGUGCAGAUCACGGACGAGGAGAUUGAGAGAAUUAUGUCGGGACAGGAGUUCAAGGAGGACGCCGGUCUACCAGAACAUACCUGGGGCAACAACGGCGACAGCGACCACAGCUCCCCUAGCAACGGUGCCUCGGAGGGGAACCAGCCAUCCCCGGCCUCCACUCUGUCAUCCAGUCGCUCGGUGGAGAUCAACGGCUACACCGCGGCCCUCAGGGACCAGUACAUCAACACCUCCAUGUCCACUCCCUACCAGCUGCUCCCGCACCUCUUCAGCUACGCCGCCCAGUCCGGCCUGCUGGCCCCGCAGCCCCGCAGCCUCUACCCCCAGUCCCACCCCCUGGUGCUGCAGCUGGUGGCGGCCGAAGACCUCGCCCCCCUGGCCACGCCCAUGCUGAUCGAGGACGGGUACAAAGUGACCCAGGUGGAGCUGUUUGCGCUGCUGUGUCGCCUGGCGGACGAGCUGCUGUUCCGCCAGAUCUCCUGGAUCAAGAAGCUGCCGUUCUUCUGCGAGCUGUCCAUCGAGGACUACACCUGCCUGCUGAGCUCCACCUGGCAGGAGCUCAUCCUGCUCUCCUGCCUCACCAUCUACAGCGCCCAGAUCUUCGGAGACCUGGCCGGCGUCACCGCCAAGUACACGCCCUCCGACGACGAGCUGCAGGGGUUUAGUGAAGAUGGCAUGGAGGUGAUGGAGAGGUUGAUAUAUCUGUUCCGCAAGUUUCACCAGCUGAAGGUCAGCAACGAGGAGUACGCCUGCAUGAAAGCCAUCAACUUCCUGAACCAAGAUAUUCGAGGGCUGACCAACGUGAGCCAGCUGGAGCAGCUGAACAAGCGCUACUGGUACGUGUGUCAGGACUACACGGAGCACAAGUACCCCCACCAGCCCAAACGCUUCCCCGAGAUCAUGAUGUGUCUGCCCGAGAUCCGCUGCAUUGCAGGGAAGCUGGUGAAUGUCCCUCUGGAGCAGCUCCCCUUGUUGUUCAAAGCAGUGCUGCACUCCUGCAAGUCCAGCCUCAGCAGCUACAGGACAGGCUCCUCCCUCUGUCUGACCUCAGGUACCUCCCCCGCAAACUGAGCCCCCGAGACCCCGGACCCCGCCCCCCCCCCCUCCCCUUUCCCUCAGAGGUACCCUGGGGGGACCAAGGGACCGGUCUCCCUUCCUGUGAAUGUGACAAGCAGCUUUUUUUUCUCUAUAUAUUUAUUACACGACAGAGCUGAAUGUAUGCUGAUUUACACUGUGCACAUGCUUCUGUACAAAAGGAAAUGCACAAAAGGUGUGUUGGUCUUUGAAGUUUACAAGUGUGUAUCCGAUCGCUCAUCGUGUCGGUGUUGCCAUGGUUAGAACUAGAUUUUAAAGAUUUAUUUUGUUCGGAUGGGGACGGAUAUUAUUGAGUUGAUAAGUGUUUUGAGACUACCUCAGGAAGAUUAUGAUGCAAUUUCAGGUACCUUUUCUGGCUGUUUGAAAUGAGUUUCCCAGUCCAGUAUACCUCUAAACCCUACGGAUACUUUCAACCUGUUAAUCAUAUAUUAUAUAUUAUAUCGUAUAACAUUUCAAGAUUUACGGUGAGGUGAAUUUUUGUUUUUAGGUGGAGGUUUCGUGGGCUUUUCAUUGAAAUGUAUCUUAUGGGUAUUUUUCUACAAUCAUAGACUGGGGAAACAGAGCGAUGUAUUGCAAAGUUAAGAGAGAUUAGGAUUGUUCUUAGCCUUAGUGUUUUGUUGUUCGACCAAAGUGUUAUGCAAAAAAUCCCUCAUGGGUGAGGGGGCUAGUUGAUAGUUAAACCAAAGUUAUUCGAAUGAAUGAAGGACCAGGAUAAUAAAUUAAUCAAUGGGAUCAGGAGAGGAGACCAUCUGCUGGACAGUAGCUGGUUCUCAUCCUGACCCUUUUUACUAAGACCCCUCCGUCUCUGUAGCAGCCCCCCUCGUCUCCUGAACCGUCCCAGAGCUCUGCUCCCAGGUACCUCCAUGCCCAGCUCUGAGCCUCAGCACAUCAGCACAGGUUCGCUGGGCCUGUGGGUCUGCACACACGGGCUGGAAACCACUCACAACCGGCCCUGCUUAUCCAUCCACACCACGUCUAAAAGGCUGAGUUGUGCCUUUAGCAUGGCCGCCUUUUGACUCUUCUAGAGGUGGAUCCUUUUUCUUUAGUCCGACAGGUCAGUCUGAUCUGUUUGGGGCUUGCUUAUGGAUUCAGACUGGGCUGAUAGGCAGCCUGUUCUCUCUGGCUUGCACAUCAUCCGUGACAGGUAUGCGCACGGUUAAAGAGCCGCACAGAUACAUUGGUUUUUAUUUACGACGUCUGAAAUGAUGAUGUCAACCAUUUGAAGUGUCUUUUUGAAGUGCUCAAGUAGCCGUUUCACGCGCGUACGUUGUCGGAAACUUUGAUGAAAUGCAGUCCUUGCAACGACUCUCUUUAGCACGCCGCGGGGAGGUUGGAGACAUGACUAUGACCAUGACCAUGGCCAGGUGCCCUCCCGGCGUGCUGCUCUCUCUCAGGUCCUCCUGGGCCUGCAUCGAAACAGGGUAAAGUGAGUGUGAUGUAUUGCAUUCAGGAGUUACUCAGUGAUCAUUAUGCUGAUGUAAUUGUAGGAUUUGUAGAUUGUUAGAAUUCAAGACGUUGGAAGUCCCUUGUAGAACGCGUUUUAAGUUUUUUCUUGUUUUGUUUUUUUCUUUCGUUUUGUUCCACCAAAAGGGGGUGUUGCUUGGGGGGGGGGGGGUUUGUUCGCAAGCUUGCAGGACAGAUUUUUCUGGAGGCGUUUAGAGAGAAAUAUGGCAGAUAAUGGAGAGGGGUGCAGGAGAUGCGAUUGGUCAGAUCAGUUGAUGACGAGCCACGCCAUCAUGGGAGCGCCAUGUCUCUCCCUCUCUGGGGAGAAAAUGACCAUGUGAUCAGACUGUCUCGGAUGCGAAUGAUCUACUCUGAUGAGUCGUGCGUGCCAGUCACCGGGCCAUGUCUGCAAUCUGUCCGUGUCUCAUGCAGCGAUAGCACAGCCAUCUCCUUUUCCCCCAGCCUCACCCUCUCUUUCACCAAUGCAGUGUACCGUUUGUUAUUAUUUUCAGUCAGCCACAUUUUCAUAAUCAGUGUUUUUGGAGGGUUUUGUAAAAAAAAAAAGAAAAAAAAACUUUGUCAUGUUUACCCUUGUAGUUUGUGACUGUUUCGGUUUAUUGUUGUUUUGGAGUGAAGAUGAUCAUUUGCUUAAUUUUUUGGAUCUAUUGUUGUUGGAUGUUGGACGUGAUUAUACUAUAAGAACUCCUUCCCUUAAACACAGUAUACCUUCAUACAAGUGUUUUGGGGUUUGCCAACUUACAUACGGUCACCGGAAGUAACAACAACCUGUUACUGAUUUCCUGCCUGCUUUAAGUUGUCAUGGACGGGACACUGUACUGUAGAGUCAUUGAACGUGAGGUGUGGACGUGGUCAUUCUCAGUGUCAACCUGAUUUAAGAUGGAGCAGUGGCCCUUUUACUGGGCUGGUCGCAGCAUGUGGUUCUCCUAAACUCAGGGAACAGUACUUUUUAGGGACCGUGUUUGACGGGCCAGUUCAUGGGCUGCUCCUUCGGCAGUAGAGUAGUUUAUCAGUCCUAGAGGCCUAACCACAUGAGCAGGCUUCCUAGGUCACACAAAAUGUCACCCCACUACCUUACCGCCACCACUGUGUUGACCACGCGUGUGUCCUGAAUAUGUUAUAAAGAUUCUUGAUGAUUUUUUUGGGUAACUUUUUUUUUUCUUUCUUUUCAAUGAUGUGUAUUAACAGAUCAUGAAUAUGUCGAUUGCAAUUUCUAUACUGAAACUACCUCUUUUUUUGUUAUGUCAUCAGGUUGCUUACUUUCACAUACGUACACCUUUUAUAAUUCUUAUUUAUUGGUUUCAUUGAACCAAUGUUCUGUUAUUCUGUGUAUCUUGCUUCAUGCAGUGACCUCUCUCACAAGCGCUGUUAUCUUCUUUCCUUUUUUUUUCUUUCAAAAAUACGUUGCCUCAUGUUCCGUGCUACCUCAGGCCAGACUGGCGGUUAACCCUUUCAAGGGCGAGCCUCGUGCUGGCCACCAUGACCGUUUACAUACUCGAUCUAGCAUUGCUCUGUAAUCAGUGAGACUAUUUACCACAUAGGUACUCUACUGUUCAGGUAUAACUGAUAAUCUUUCUGUAGCACAUUUCUAAUGUCAUCCAUUUAUUUUCCAAGGACCCUCUUUCCAGAGAUUUCCAGUGGCAGUGAAUGUACUGUGUAUGUAUUCACCUGUAUUCCUAGGUAGUAUUCAUAAAUGGAAGUGAUCUUAUGGCUGUUACAUCAUGCUUAUUUUUCCGUGUGAACAUUUGUGAGUGCAUCCUAUUAAUGUGUGCUAUAACCUUUACCUCAAUGUUUUCAUCCUGUGGCCCAUGGGUGGUAUCCAAUGGUUUUGUAUACUUUCCUGUUAUGUAUUAACAUAUUUGUCAAGAUAAUGUACCAAACAAUCUAUAAAUGGAGUGUAAAAUUGGGGUUAAAUAAUCAGUAUCAUGUUUGAAAACUCCAAUGCUGCUUGUGAAUGAUUAUCAGUUAGAAUGUAAUAGUGUUCUGAAUGUAAUUGACUGUUUACAUGCUUUCCCUUCACCAACCUGACUGACUCACUGCGCAGAGAGCCACUGUGUUCUUCGUCACGUACUAAACCAACUGUCUGUCACCGUGUGAGUCGGUUGAUUUCAGGAAGAACUUAGUGUCAUCUCCCCAAGUGUUACAUCGGUGUUAUAAGUCAUUCAGACAGGCCCGUCAUCUCAGAGCUCACGGUGGGAAAUAUUAGAUCAGUGAAAGAGCAGUAAAAUCAUUGAAUAUAUCUCAGGGAAUAACUUGUUACAGAUUUCCACUGCCUAAUACUGCUUGUCGUGUUUCUCAACAAGCUCACGAGGACCUCUCUCUGGUUAAUUUAACUACCUGUGAAGAAUGUGAUCCAUAUGUGUUUAAAAGCAUGUUUAGAAUGUUUUAGGACUUGAAACCAAAUAAAUGUGAACGUUAUGCAA